AUGACACUAGAUGAUUGUCCAUUAUGUAUAAAGAAAGAAGGAGAGGAUAAUGAUGGGAAUGUAUCUUGGAUCCAAUGCUCAAAUUGUAAACAAUGGUAUCACAUCAAAUGUUUGAAAAUGAAUGAAUUAGAUAUUAAUGAAAUUGUUUCUUAUCAUUGUGAUAAAUGUAUAAAGAAAGUCGGUCCACUGAUAUAUAAAAGAAAACUGAAAAGAUCAAGAGUAUCAAUUGAUUAUGUUGCAUUAAAUGAAGGUGAAACAUUUGCAUUAGAUAAAUCAAUACAUUUUCAAUUACCUAAUUUUUUAAAAUUUGAAGGUACUCAGGAAUUAUAUGUACAAGAUAAUCUAACUAAAGAAUAUAUGUUAUCUACCAAGAUGGAAAAACCCAUAUAUAUACCCAAUGUUGAUUUAAAAAAAGUGGGAAUGAAACUACCUAGACCAAAAGAAGAAAUUACGGUAGAUUACAUUACUGAAUCUUGUGGAUCAGACACUCCAGUAGAAGUAAUGGAUGUAAUUUCACAAUUAGGUAUUCAACCACAGUGGAAUUUAGCUAAAUGGAGAGAAUAUUUUAAUACACCAGAAUCAAAACGAGAUAGGAUUAGGAAUGUCAUAUCUUUAGAAAUUUCAAAUUCAAGUCUUGGUCAAAAUUUUGUACGACCUAGAGCAGUCGAAGAAAUGGAUCUUGUAGAUAAAGUAUGGGAUAAAAAUGAUGAGCAACAACGAAGUAAGGUGACAAAAUAUUGUUUAAUGUCUGUUAGAAAUUCAUUUACUGAUUUUCAUUUAGAUUUUGGUGGUACUUCAGUUUAUUAUACUGUGUUAAAAGGUAAGAAAACAUUUUUAAUGUUUCCACCAACUGAUCAUAAUUUAAAAUUAUAUGAAUUAUGGAAUCUAGAACCAAAACAGAAUUUCAUAUGGUAUCCAGAUUAUACAGGGAAGAAUAAAUUGAAACCAGAAUUAGGUUUUAAAGUUACUUUAAAUCCAGGUGAUUUAUUUAUCAUACCUAGUGGCUGGAUACAUUCUGUUCAUACACCAGAGGAUUCAAUAGUCAUUGGUGGAAAUUAUUUAACACUUCGAGACAUGAAUAUGCAAUUGAAAAUUAAUCAAGUUGAAAAAGUGACUAAAGUACCAGGGAAAUUUAGAUUUCCAAUGUUUAAUAAAGUAGUUUGGCUAAGUGCAUACUAUUAUUUGAAUAAUAAAGAGGAAUUUAUAAAUGAUAUAAAAGAUGAAGAAGGUGCAAAAGAGAUAAUUACCUCAUGGAUUAAUCACUUAUCAAAUCAUUUAGAAAUCAGUAAGAAAAACAUAACUGCAAAAAAGUCAAUACCAAUUGAUAAAAUUGGCAAACCAAUUCAAUUUCUACAAAAAUUGGAAUCAUGGAGUAACGAAUAUUAA